AUGGGAACAAAAUCAAAGUCUCAAAUCAUCCCUACUGUUGACUUCUCCGACCAAAACAUGAAACCUGGUACAGACACAUGGCUCUCAGCUUCCAACGUUGUAAGGACUUCACUAGAAAACUAUGGUUGUUUCGUAGCAAACUAUAAUAAACUCGGGAAACACCUUUGUGACUCUGUUGUUUUAGCAAUGGAAGAGUUAUUCUCACUCCCUUUAGAAACAAAAGUCCAAAUGACCAGUAACACCGACACACCUUUCCAUGGCUACUUAGGACAAGUCCCAUGGCUUCCAUUAUAUGAAUCUCUCGCCAUCAUAGAUCCAUUAACUAUGCUUGGAUGUCAAAAAUUCGCGCAAAUCAUGUGGUCUCAAGGAAACCAUGGUUUCUGUGAAGUCAUGAAUGAGUAUUCUAAGCUAUUGGGAGAAUUAGACCGUAUAUCUAAGAGAAUGGUGUUUGAGAGCUAUGGUGUGGAUAUGAAAGUAUGUGAUUCGUUGAUAGAAUCGAACAAUUAUUUGAUUCGAUGCAUGAAAUAUAGAACACCUCAUGUUGAUGAAAAUGAUUUGGGACUUCAACCUCACUCGGAUUUAACGAUUAUAUCAGUGGUACAUCAGUUGAAUAAUCUGAAUGGUUUGGAAAUCAAGAUGAAGAAUGGAGAUUGGGUUGGGGUUGAUGCUUCACCCUCCUCCUUUGUUGUCAUGGCUGGUGAUGCAUUCAAGGUGUGGAGUAAUGGGAGAAUUAGUUCAUGUGAGCAUAGAGUUAUAAUGAGUGCAAAGAAAACAAGAUACUCAACUGGACUAUUUUCUUUUGGUAGUAAGAUGAUGGAGAUACCAAAGGAGUUUGUGAAUGAGGAACAUCCUCUGUGUUAUAAACCAACAUUUGACCAUUAUGAUUACCUUCGUUUCUAUGACAAAGAAAAAAUUAAUGAAACCAGUACAAGGAUCGAAGCGUACUUUGGAAAUGAUUUGAAGCAUACUACGAUAUGA